AUGAGUCUUAAUUUAUCAAUUUAACAUAAUCACUUUUUUAUAAAUUACGCUUUUUUUUAACUGGCAAAAUUAAAUGGUUUGAUGUAAUCUAGAUUUUUUGAUCCAAAGAAUUAAUUCGACACUCAUAUUGAAAUUAAGGAAAUAAAUUACUCUUAAAAUCAAAUGUUAUUAGAAGAAAUUACUAUAGCACAAUCUAUAGGAUCUAUAACAAUUAUUCUACUGGUCAUAUAUAGAUUCGGGAAUGUUUAAGAUAUAACUAUUCUGUCCAGAACGAUGGUGUUCUUAGACUACAAUCAAAUGUGA